AUGGUGAGGUUUCCUCCCCAUUUCCCUCGCAUGAUAUACGGCCGGGCGGCGGUGGCGAAUGCGACACAACUAUUAGUGCAUCCGUCAUUAGUCACCGUCAGCGCGCCGUUUAGCCGCCGUGGUCUGCGGCCCCGCUGCAUAAACAACUACAUCUCUGUGGCCCCUCGUUUCGCGGGUGAAUCGUUGGCGCCGAAGACGCGUGUUUUCCUUAGCGGAGCGAAACGCGGGGCGCGCGGCGCGCUCGCAAUAUCGGGAGUGCGAUCGAUUGAGGGAAUCACUCCGCUU